GGACCUUCGAGAGAGCUUCUUUGGGAACUGGACUAGUCACAACAGUAUAAAAAUGGUCUUCAGAUUAAUCCCCUCAAAUCCCAAAUAGUAUUUGCCGGGGUGACAGAGCAAAAGCAACAGGAUAUCCUGGAGAGCACAGGCUCGCGAAAGGAGAUUGUAAAUGUCUGGUUGAUAAGAUUGCUGCCAGGAUUACCACUUGGGGAAGCAAGAAUAUCUCUUACGCUGACUGUGCAGGACUUUCCUAUGGGGUGGUUCUAUUGAUCAAAAGAAAAUACCCCCCCGUUAAUUGGGAUGAUGUGUGCACCCCAACGUCCAUGGGUGGCCUGGGCAUCAAAAAUAUCAUGUUAUGGAAUAUGGCAAGUGUAAACUGGGACAUGGCCAAUAAGAAGGACUUGUUAUGGGUCAAAUGGGUUCACUCCAGAUACAUUAAAGAUGGAAAUUUUUGGGAUAUCAACCCUAAGAAUGACUGCCCAUCCUACUGGAAAUCCAUGCUCAAUAUUAGAAGCAAUUUUGAAGGUAUGGACUUACAUAAACCAUAUUCUAUUAGGAGAGGGUACAAGUGGCUCCUUGGCCGGGGAUAGACAGAAACCUCACUGGACAAGAUGGGUAUGGAGCAAAACAACUCACCCUAAGCAUAAGAUCAUUGCAUGGCUGAUAUACCAAAGGAGACUCAAAACCAGAAGCUUCUUACACAGGUUUCUUGACAUUGAAGAUAAAUGUGGAUUAUGUGGUAAGGAAGCUGAAACAAUAAACCAUCUGUUUUUGGAAUGCAAAAUCACUGCUGUCUUGCGUGAAACCGUGUUUGAUGCCUUCGGUAUCAAACUGAAGAGUGCAAUGCUGCUAGACGACAUUGAAAGGGAGCUUCAAAACAUUAAGACAAAGCGGAAGAGGUCCAUUACUACUGCGGUUUUAGCUGCAAACUGGUACAACAUUUGGAAGAUGAGAAAUGCAAAGAUACAUGGUAAAGAGUUCUCGGUCGAAGCUGCAAUUAAAAACACUAUGUUUUUUGUUAAAAGUUUCUCGUUAUACAAUCUAAAGUAGCUUGAUUUCUGGACUGUAAGUGGUUACUAUAUUUGUUGAAUAAAAUAUUGUACAUUUUGUCCAAAAAAAUAAAUAAAUAAAGACUUCUCUU